CAGUUUCCCGCCAUAUGUCGAGAGCAGCGGCAGGAGGUCGCCCGCGCCAGACCCGCAUGUGACGCCCAGCUUCCAACCAUCCCUUACUGACUGACACCCUUCCUCACUCACGCCACACUAUGUGAUAUACCAGCACCGAAAAUAACCGUGAAGUGUAGCAGAAAACAGUCAUUGGGGAUAUAUCUGUGUGUGUGUGUGUGUGUGAAAUCGAAAGUUGUAAACGAAAAUCAAUCGAAAUAGUGGAAAAAUUUCAUAUGAAAGCAAUUAUCGAAAGAGGCAAAAUUAUUAAGAAAAUAAUUGAAUGAAAAUAAGUUUUUGCAUUUGGUAUAGUGAAGUGUUGUGAACGUCACCAUGUAUGUCAAGGUUGUGUAUUAUCUGAGCAUCGUCGCUCACCUUAAUGGGUAAAUGCUGCUCCAAACCUCAAGAAGAAGACAAGAUCGAAGGGGAGACACAGGAGAUCCUGUUAGAGAUCGACCCGGAAGAUAACAUGACGGGAGGAACGUUAGUAGUGAAGUCCCCUGGGCGGUGGGGUGUCACCCCCAGGGGCACCUCCCCCACCAAGAAACCCACUAUUGUUACUACCCCGGGGGUCCGCUCCACCAGGACCGUCACCAUCACUAAAGGAGCAGGUGGCAGCGCCAACAAGGGCACCACCGUCGUUACCAAACCCAUAACCUCCAGCCCGGGGAACCGCGCCACUAAGACUGUCACCAUUACCAAAGGCCCGGGCGUCACUAAUAGCUCGGGCGCCACCGUCACCAACACAUUCCAUUUCAGUAGUGGAGGUACGACCACGGAGUCAGUGAGCUACAAUGUCCCUGGUGGUCAGGGCAACACCCGCUUCGUCACCAACAAACAGGGUUACGUCAGUGGUGCGAUGCGACACACGGCCACCUCCAAUGUUUUCACCACCACCAACAACCUCAACAACGUCAAGGCCAGGAACGCCUUCUUCAACAUCACUCCAUCACCGUCAAACCAGAGUAUGGGAAAGACGAGGACGGAGACGACCACUCGCACCUUCACCAAGGACGGCAAGAGGUACGAGGAGACGGUAGAGGUGGUGACGAAAGAAGAUGAUGCUGGUAACGUCACCAAGACCACCAAGACGGUCACCAAGGCUCUCGACUCUUACUGUACCAGGGAGAUGGCCGCCGCGCUCGAUGAUUCGACGACCAGACGCUCACGCCCUAAGUCCUCCUCCUCCAGCAGUGACUCCUCCCCCGACCGUGCCAGGACCUCCAAGGUAAAGACUAAGUCCGGCACCAAGUCCAGCAAGGGAGGACUGUUGAGUAAGUUGAAGGGUGACAAGCCCGAUGGCAGUGACUCCAGCGACGAGGAGGAGUUCGUGAAGGGCGUCCACAAGGGCGUCAACGAGCACAGGGCCAAGCAUGGGGUCUCCAAGCUGAAGCUGAACAAGGAGCCAACGCAAGUGUUCGUGGUGAUUCUGCUGAUGAACAAGUAUGCCAAAGAAUGGGCCAAAAAACUGGCGGUGAAUGAGAAGAUGUCCAACAACCCAGAUAGCAAGUACGGGGAGAACCUCUACAGUGUCACCUCCAACACCAACAACUUCAAGGUCAAGUCAGACGAGGUGGUGGACAAGUGGUACGGGGAGCAUAAGGAACACAAGUUCGGGGAGGAACCUAAAGGAACCCUCCUCAAGUCUGGCCACUUCUCGCAGAUGGUGUGGAAGGAUACGAAGCAGAUGGGUGUGGGCAAGGCAAGGAACGCUGCAGGCACCAAGGUCUUCGUGGUAGCCAACUUCGACCCGCAAGGCAAUUGGAUGGGCCAGUUCGCUGAUCAGGUGCCACCAGUAGGCGGAUUCCCUAAGUCAGCGACCUCGGGGAGGACAUCACUGUUCAGCAGCAAGACUAAGAAGUCCUCGACCAGUGACUCGGACUCCUCUUCUGAUGAGGAUGACUUUGCUAAGGACUGCCUCAAGGCCCACAAUGACCUCCGCAAGAAGCAUGGUGCCCCGCCUCUCAAACUCAGCAAGAAGCUGAGCAAGUACGCCCAGGAAUGGGCCACAACGAUUGCUAAGAAGGACGUUCUGCAGCACCGCCAGAACAACAGUUAUGGUGAGAACCUGUACUGUGCCUGGUCAUCCAACCCCAAUCACAAGAUCAAGGGCCAUGAGGCUGUUGAUUCCUGGUACGAGGAGAUAAAGGACUUCACCUUCGGCAGGGAACCCAGUGAUCUCAGGGCAGGUCACUUUACGCAGGUGGUGUGGGAGGACAGUAAGGAGCUGGGCGUGGCCACUGCUCGCAACAAGUCCGGCAAGAUUUACGUUGUGGCCAAUUAUAGCCCAGCAGGCAACUUUGUAGGCAGCUUUGCCACGAAGGUCCCCAGGCUUAAGUAAGCCCCAACAAGAUGGCUGGAUGGUCAAAGGUCAAAACACCAUGUGAAGCUAUCCAACAUUGACAUGAGAAGUGAGGGGCAACAGCAACCCUUCAACCCCUCAUUGUUACCCCAGCAGACCCUCACCACUGCCCCACUGCUGCUCCAGGAGCCCCUUACCACUAUCUCAACAGUCAGUCAUCACUACUACCACAGCACCACACCGAUCUCUAUCACACCCACUAUGAACUUCUGCUAUACUGUACUGGCAGCGACUUAAAAUAACAGUGAAAUACCAUCCUUAGUACUGUACUGUACACCAAUGGGUAUUAUCUGUUCCAUUCUUUGCGGAGAUUGGAUUUUGUAAUAAGAUUUUGGCGCUUGUGUUGCAGUUCUAUACUCUAUUACCUGUCUGUACUGUGGUCACGCUUCAUUGAGGGGUGUCACAGAGCCUUUGGUUGUCCAGUUACCACACACACACAGCGACCUCCCAGCUUAUGCAUAAACCACAUAAUUUUACACCCAAUAAAGUUUUCUUCUGUUGUCCUUUGGUGCUCAGUGAUAUUGCUAAGCUUUAUCAUGCUUCCUAAGUAUUAUAUAUAUUUUUUAAGCCUAUUUAGUUAACAUUUUGUAUGAAAAUUAUAAGCACAGUACAGUACAUAUAAAAUUAAAAGUUCCUUGAGGCUCCCUGCUUAUAUAUAUUCAUUUGGUUAAGGUAAUAAUUGAUAAGCUUCAACACCUGUAGUGCUUAUAUACACGUGAGGUUCUUAGCGAGUUUAGCAGUUAAGGGGCAGUGUAUGUUGAUGUCAGGACCUUUGGGCUACUGCUGAAGGUCAAGUCUCAACCCUGAAAGCUCCCCCUGCCAUUCCCAAGGGUCUAGAGAUCUCUGUGUACCACCUUUAUGUUGUCGAGGACACUUCUCUGUAUGUGUAAAUAUAUAUGAUCCCUGACUAUUUAAUCAUUCCCUUAUAUGUAUAUUUAUCAUGUCUUUGAUGUGUAUAUUCUUAAACUACAAUACUUCCCAAAAGUUGAACAUAACUUGGCGAACAUGGAAAUGGCGAAAAGUGCAUUGAGUGGUGGCGGAGAUGUCAGUUAUAUGGCAGUUUACAUCAGGUUAAGGCCACUAGGGAGUACCCAGGAGUAUCCCUCUUUGAUAAUCAAAACAUAUGUUACGCUAACGUUAUUUCAAUUUUUGCUGUUGUCAUUAUUUAUUCCUAUGACUAUAACUUAAGGUUGAGUUCUGCAUGUAAUUAUGCCAUUAUGAUUAUUCCAUACGACCUGUGAUUGACUAGAAUUAAUAAAAGGCAAAUCAGA